AUGGUCCUGCCGCUGUCUCCAGUCACCUCAUGGCAAGGUGUGGAGAAUGAUGGGGUCAGGCUCUUCUUGCACAUGUGCAUUUUUAGGACGAGCGACAAUGGAGACAAGUGGCAGCAUGGGAGAUUCCCCAUAGUCAAGAGAAAAUUUUUGCCCUUGAUGCUUGUCAAUCUCAAGCAGGUUUCUGAGGGACGUUGUGGAUAUUCAAACAAUGUUUCAGCUAUUGCAAGUGACACUCAGAUGCUCACCUCCAUGCCAGACCAGCUGACCACACAGAAAAUCCCUGCUGCUGCAAACAUUGCAGGGCAGAUUCUGAAAAAGACAAAUGUCUCAGAAGACUCUCAGGUGAGACUUGUUGAGACUAAAAUAAGACUUUUGAUGGAUGGCAAGGGAACAGAAUUCAACCACAAUAGUCUUGUCAACGUUACAACAAGCCUCACAAAAAUGAUGGAGGAAUUUUCUUUGACUGGCAACAUCUCACAGCCCAACAUUGCAAUCCAGUCUGCUCCACUGAAAUUAAGCUCCGCUAUGAUCUGGUUUUCAGCACAGAGAGAUAUGGCACUGAGAUAUUAUCAGUCAACAAAACUAGAAAAUGUCCCUGAGCUUAUUGGUGACCUCAGUACUGAAGUUCAAAUACUGUUCAACAUUAUAAAUAACAGUAAUUCACCAGACAAUGGAAGAGUUGGCUUUGCCCUGUAUCAAAAUGACAAACUCUUCCAGUCAAGGAUUUAUCAGAGUCGCGGUAGUUUCUCUAAACAAAUAAUCUCUGGCAACAUUGAUAGUGGAAGAACCAGCAGUGUUGAAAUAGCCUUCAGUCCCAAGUUCAACACACCCGAACUGCAGCUGCGUGAUCAUGCCUGUGUCUUUUGGGACUAUACUGUCAACAACUGGAGCACCGCCGGCUAUGCAAAAGGAAGAGCCCUGUUCUUGACAUGCAGGUGUAAUCACACCAAUAAUUGCACUGUCCUGAUGGCCUUUCAGAUAAAAUACAAAUAUGUGAAGCCUUUGGAGUAUUAUACUGGAGUUGGAUUGUCCAUUGCUGGUCUGGUCACUACCAUUUUGUUGCAAAUAUUCACUAGGAAAACUUGAAAGUCAUCUGUAAUGUGGAUAUUAGUGAGUCUCUGUUUCUCUAUGCAUUUUAACAUCAUCUCUGGAAUUGAAAACCAAAAUGCCAGGAAUCACAGCAGCGAUACCAGCAGCUACUACCAGCAAUACCUUCCUUAUGAUGCCACCAGUAACACCUUAUUCACAUCCGAUGCGGUAGAUCUUCCCGCAGACUUGUGUAGGGUUGUGGCUGUCCUACUGCACUAUUUGUUGGUGGUGACAUUUAUGCGGAUAGCACUCAAUUCGGCACAGUUGUGCUUACUGUUGCUUAGAGCCAUGAACCCUUGGCCUGGACACUUCCUCGUAACCAUGUCAGUAAUUGGAUGGGGAACCCCUGCUGCAGUAGUUGCAAUAACACUUGGAGCUACUUACAGAGCAGGCAAAGCUUUAAAGUACUGGCAGGAAGAAUUUUGCUGGCUUGCAGCACUGGAUCAAGAUUGGAAUUUCAGUGUGCACAAGCCUAUGUUGUGGUCAUUCCUUUUGCCAGUAGCACUCAUACUCCUGUUUAACAUCAGCAUCUUCAUCAAGAUCACAGUGAUAUGGAAGAAGAACAAGAAUUUAACAAGCAGUCAGAAAAUGAAUUCUAUUGUUGUGAUGGCUCAGACUUUGUGCAAGUGCACAUCAAUGAACACAUUUCAGGCUUUUGCCCCCUUUUUUUUUGGUUGCAGUGACACUCGACUUGAACGAAGUUUAUCCUUGAUUUAA